AUGGACCGCAGCAGGUCUCGCAGCAUGUCAAGGUCGCCAAGUCCACGUAGACCGUCAGGAGGCAAGCGAGCACCCUCGCUCUCGCCUAGGUCCUCUCGCUCGAGAUCUCCCACCCCCGUCGCACAGAGCAGGGGUCAUCUACUAGACAGAACGGUCACGCUGUCCAAACUGACGCCUAAUGUCACCGAGGCCCAUCUGAGAGAGAUCUUUGGGGUGUAUGGCAAAAUCCUGUCCAUCGACUUUGCCAUCCCGCGAGGAGGUCGUCCGAGAGGAGAAGCGGAUAUCGUGUAUGAUCACAUGUCAGAGGCAGACAAAGCUAUCGCCUACAUGGAUCAGGGCCAACUCGACGGCGUGACCAUCCGAACAGAAGAGAAGCGCACACCCUCGCCCGAACCAGCUCGACCACCUCCGUAUCGAAGCGAACGAGGCGGUUACAGAGGUGCAUUCGGACGUGAUGGUCCACCACCACGUAGAGGCGCGUUUGGCGCAAGAGGCAACGGCUACGACCGUGGUCAUUCGAACGGGUACAGCUCGAGAGGACGCGGCGGUAGACCAUCGGGUGGAUAUGACAGACGCUCAAGAUCGCCAGACCCUCGUCGCUCGAGAUCUCGUAGUCCCUUGCCUCGACAUCGAGCACGCUCACGCUCGUUCGACUCUCGCUCGCCGCCACCUAGGGACCGCUCGAUCUCGCCGCCUCCGCGCAGAGCUCCUGUUGCUCGUCGUCCCAGUCCUCGUUAUGACGGAGGCCGGUCACCUUGA